UAACAUCUGUCCUUCUCUUUCUAGUUCCAAGCAGAAAGCAAAAAGAAAAAGAAAAUGCUGGGGAAAAAGAUGGGUUCGUUGAAGAAUCUAGCCAAGAAGGUGAAGGGCAUGGGGGGAGGUGACAACGGUGGCGGUAAGCAAUCACAAUACGAAUGUUUGCUAAGAGAAUUCGAGCAAAUGUCGCCUUCGGCGUCGACUCCGUCGGGGUUCUUCGCUGUUUAUGUAGGAGAGGAUGAAGAAAGGUUCGUAGUGCCGACCAGCUAUUUGUCUCAUCCACUGUUCAAGAUGUUGCUGGACAAGUCGUACAACGAAUAUGGUUUCGAACAAAGGGAUAAGUUGAUCGUUCCCUGCAGCGUGUCUACGUUUCAACAAGUGGUGAAUGCUGUAGAAUGUUGUAAUGGCAAGUUUCACUUGGGGAAACUUGUGCAGGAGUUGCUUUAGCAGAUUGUUGGUCAUAGUUCAUACAUAUUCCACCCCUGCUGCAGUGCUGAUUUUGGU